AAUGAUAAAAGGAGAAAAAAGAAAUCACAUGAUUAAAGCGUUAAUUAUAACCAUGAGAUGAUUGAGAUCCAGUCAAUCAUCAAAAUCUGAAUCCAAUUUUUUCUCAAAUUCCCACCAAACGCUUUCAUUCCUUGAGACUACAACGGGUAAUCUUAUUUCGAAUUGCGUUUCUUCAAAGCGGAAACCGGCCAUGGCUGCCGCCGCUAAUCCCCGCUCUUUCUACUCGAGUUCCAAUCCUCCUCACCCCAACCGCUUUGUUUUCUCAGCCGAUCCUCCUCCCAAAAUCUCACUCACUCCCGAUCAAUUCAACUACUGCUCUGAGGCUCUCAAAUUGUUCUCCCAAAAGCUCCAGAUGCCCGACGAAAUCAACCGCGAGUUCUCGCACUUACAGGCAAAUAGGAUUACACCUUCGGAGAUGAUGAGGAGAUGCACAGUGGGUUUUAACGGUGCUAAUUUGGACAAGAAUCGAUACUCUGAUGUCAUACCAUUCGACACGAACAGGGUAGUUCUUUAUUCAUGUAAAGAUUACAGGCCAGCUGCAAAGGGUUAUAUCAAUGCCAGCUUUGUCACGACUUCUUCUUCUGAAAACAUUUCUAAGUUUAUAGCCACGCAAGGUCCAUUACCUCACACCUACGAGGACUUCUGGGAGAUGGUUAUCCAAUGCCAUUGCCCUGUCAUUGUGAUGCUUACUCGGUUGGUUGACAAUUAUAAGACAGUAAAAUGUGGAGAUUAUUUUCAAGCAGAAAAUGUUCCUAGACAAUUUGGCAAUAUCUGUAUUGAUACUAAAUGGAUACAAGAAACAGAAACCUCAUUAUUGAUACGCAACUUGGAAGUAAAUUAUAAGGAGUCAGAGGACCCACCACUAUCAGUUUUGCACAUUCAAUAUCCUGAGUGGCCUGACCAUGGAGUUCCCACUGACACUCUUGCUGUCCGUGAAAUCUUGAAAAGAGUAUUACAAGUACCAGUAAAUAUUGGCCCAAUACUGGUGCAUUGCAGUGCAGGUAUUGGGAGGACUGGAACAUACUGUGCUAUUCAUAACACCGUCCAGAGAAUCCUCAUUGGGGACAUGUCUGCAUUAGACCUUGCUAAUACCAUAUCUAUGUUCAGGUCCCAGCGCAUCGGAAUGGUUCAAACCAUGGACCAAUAUUUUUUCUGCUACAAAGCUAUUGUUGAUGAAUUGAAAGAGCUCAUCUCAGACUUCAGCAGUGAACACAGUUCUAAAUGCUAGGAUUCCCAACCGAAGCUGAUACGGGGUAAAGCUACUAGAAUCAGAGCUAUUUGCUUAUUUUUCAAAAGCUGGAGAACUGCAUAUUUAAUGAUGUGUCCUUCAUAUCUGUGCCUCUAGAAGUAUCUUUGGGUUGACAUGACAUACUGGAAAUAAAGAGCGCUGCUAAUCAGUUGACCUUAUUUUCAAUGUUGCUGAAGUUAGUUUCAAAAUCUAGGAAUAUGAACAAAAAAUUAAACUGUUUUACCGAGGCACGACAUCAUUCCUCACCCAGGUUGCACUUGGUUCUGAACUACACGAAAGAAUAAGGAGUAUUUCAAAACCGGUCUUUCAAUUGUAGACUAUUUGUUGAUUAAGCUUACUUGUAUUUCUCUAAUUUUGAACUCAAUAGUUGUUUGAAAAACCAUUAUCUUUUGUUUUGCACAAGCAGAGAAAUCUGUUAUUGUGACUUGCGGUCUACUAGUAUUGUAGCAGGGGUCAACAUUGUUAAGAGAUUUCGAUACAAUGGGAAUAUGUUGUGUUGGUUUGUCUUUUA